CUUAAAUAUCCUUUGAUAGAUCACCAUGUUAAGCGUUCCCUAACGGACAAUUCAAGGUCGUAUUUCGACUUACACCAAGUCUUGCCUAAACUGUUCGCGCUAAAUUUUACCCAUGAUUCAUCAUUUAAAAUGUCUACCACAUGCAUUGUCUGAAGAAAGCUAUUGCGCACUUCGUUAAUUCGUCAUAUUCAAAGUUUUUCAGGUGACAGGUCGACAUAAUCAGUUAUGAAGCCAAAAUACCGAAUAAUGUUAUGGUAUAAAUCAGUAUUUUACGAAAUGUCUUUUGCGAUAUGACAUUUACAGGUCACUGAAAGAUUCAUUUUUCACGUGCAAAGGUUACGACGCAACAAAAACAAUUUUAAAAGGAAAGCACCAGUAUUAAAGUGAUUGAAGAAUGUAGAAUAUUAUAAAUGAUGACCCACAUUUGUGUAUGGUGUCCACAACCAACGUACCUAUGACAUGUUUGAUGAUUCCAAUUUAUGGUGCAAUGAUUGUGAACAUGGCAUUGCUGGGGAGUGCAACCGUCAUGGUGCACUGCACAUUGUGUCAGAUUCUCCUGUGUUGAGUCGGGCACAACAGUCACUGCCUACUGUAUUGGAAUUUAGGCAAAGUGGGGAUAAAACACAAGGGUUGUCAGUGUUCAGCAAAGAAUUCAUCAAACAUCGGACGCGAUUUGGGCCUCUCCAGGCUCCAAAAAAGAAGGGUCGUGCUUGUAGGAGUAGUAGUAACAUAGACACAAGCACAACGGCUGGAAGAUUGGAAUUUCGCCUGUUUAAAGGUGACAGGGACAGAGGGCCAGUGGUCUGUUUGAACACUGUGCCAGGCAAUGAAGAUUUCUGCAACUGGAUGGUGUUGGUGGCACCCGCCAGGGACCAUCAGCAGCAAAAUCUUGUUGCAUUCCAGUACAAUGCUGCUAUUUACUUUGUUACAACUAAGGACAUUGCACCUGGGGAAGAGCUGAGAGUCUGGUAUGCCAAGGAAUAUGCUGCCAUUAUGGGGACUAGGCCUUUGGCAAAACCAUCUGAUGUACCUGCUGUGUUGGAAGAGCCACCUGGCCGACAGUUGCGCCCGAGGAUUUGCCCUGUUUGCCGGCAGCAGCGCUCAGCAUGUACCUGUCCUCCUCCUUUGCUACAUGGGAGACAGGCUGCAAAGCCAUCAAGAAGUGUUCCUGGUGUACCAAGACAACAAGUGGGGAGAACAAGGAAAGCAGGCAAGGAAGUCUCAGAACAACGCCAUGAGAUAGCACUACCCAUAACAUCUAGCACUGAAGCUGCUAGGUUAGAGACUCGUUUUUCCUCAGCUUCAGCAUCAGCGAGUGGUAUUAGUGCAAUUUCUUCUAGAGGAACUUAUGCAGCAAGUUCUGAUGCUUCACUAGAAGCUCUGACAAAUCCAGAGUCUAGUACAAGUUUAUUGACACAUCAUCCACAUAGUUCAAGUUCUGUAGAAAAUGCCGAAACCAUAGAAGGAACUAAUUUACCCAGAAUUAAUAUUCCAUUAGUGUUUGAAAGCUCUUCAGAUCCCACAUUACAUCAUGUUAUUGGUGUAGCAUUCACCAGAACUGGCACCAGUGUUUCUGGACGCAUAUCACAUGUACUUUCUGAAAAUGUUUUAAGUUCUGGCUUGCGCAGUGUUGCAGCUCGGAAACAGUAUAGUUCACAGUCCAGUUCAUUAGUUGAACCAUCAGUGUGCAUCAGUGAACGGGAAAGUACAACUACAAGACAUGUAGUAGUGGGGUCUUCGUUAAGCACAGGAAGUGAUAUUUCCAGUGAGCAGCCAUCUGUGCCAGUUUCUUCAAAGGUUAACAUACUUAAGUCACAGUUUAGUGAUGCUAGUGCCUUAGAAAGUACGAGUGAAAAAGAAAAAUUGGAUGAGAGGAACGUAGAUGUUGCUCCAGUCAGUUCAAUGAAGAGUUUAUCAACCUUAUCAACUAGUACAACUUUGCGUACAUUAGGUGAUGAUCCAAGACCCAAGACCAGGUCUAGUUUGGAGAUCUUGCCAACACCAUCCUCUAGCAGGGGUGCAUUUAUGUUACUACGCAGCAAGUUGAGACCAAGGACUUUGCGACUCAGCUUGAAAAGUAAGCUGGAAUCAACUUUGGUUGAAGGAAGCCAGAGAGUGGGCCAAGCAGCGAAGAGUUUCCAUGGUCAAGAAGUAAGGAAAAGUGAAGAGCAGGGGGCCAAAACAAAGAAAGAUUUAAAAAACGAAGAGAAUAUUCAGCGACAGAAAGAGACAAGUAUAAGUGAAUCUAGUCAGGGAAAAGGAACAGAAGGAAGCUGUGGUAGCCAGAGUAGCAAUGGAGAUUCUGUGAUGGAAAUUGAAUCUGGACCACAAGGAAAACCAGUAACUGGAGUUAGGAAGAAGGAGAGUUACACUUGCCCAAUUUGUCUCAUGAUAUUUAGUAGUUUGUUGAAAUUAAGCCAGCAUGUGGAAUCUCAUUCUGGUUUAAGUGGGUCUAGUUUGGCUGCAUCAGGCAUUUUGCCGUCAAAUCCUGGUGGUAGCAAUGGAAAGAAGAAAGGAAGCCACGUAUGUCAUAUUUGCUCCAAAGCAUUUGUUAGUCUAGGAAAGCUAAGUCAACACUUAGAGGUUCAUACCAGCUCCAGUUCCAAAUUUGAGGAAUUAGAAAUGUCAGGUAUUACAGGUAUCAGAGGUGGUGGCGGGAAACGGAGAAGUGGCCAUACAUGUCGUGUGUGUUCAAAAGUGUUCGUAAGUCCAGGCCGAUUAAGUAACCAUAUGUAUGCUGCCCAUCCAGGGUUGAGCAGUUCUAGUUUGAGUGUGGGAGAACUAACAACACCAGGUGUUUCUGCUGUUGCAAGUGUGAGUGGAGUGAGGAGAAAGGGAAACCAUGUGUGCCCAAUUUGUUCAAAAGUGUUUGGUAGUCCUGGGAAGCUAAGUCAACACAUGUAUUCACAUACAGGUGAGCGUCCAUUUGUGUGUUCAGAAUGCAGCAAAGCAUUUUCAUCUAAGUUCAAACUUGUACGACAUGCAUUGAUCCACUCAUCAGAUUCAGAACGUCGUUAUCGCUGUAAUGCCUGUGAUCGCAGCUUCCAUCGUAAGGAUCACCUCCAGAAUCAUGCUAAGGUCCAUAGUGUGGUUCGUGCACGAUGGCGUUGUGAUCGUUGUGGCAGAGAAUAUGGCUCCCCACUUAGUCAUCGACGACAUUUGGCUUUACAUGCUGCCCAGGAUGAUGGUGCAUUAGACUGUGGUGUUUGUGGUCGACACUUCAGUACAACGCCAGAUAUUCUUCAUCAUCUCAAGGUCCAUGCAGGAUCCAGAACAGUGAAGAGCCCUGCAGAUCGCAAAUUUCGGUGUGAUCACUGUGAGCGACGCUUCUUUACACGUAAAGAUGUACGGAGACACCUCGUGGUUCACACUGGGAAAAGGGAUUUUCUUUGCCAGUUCUGUCCCCAGCGCUUUGGACGCAAGGAUCACCUGGUUAGGCACAUCAAGAAAAGUCACCAUCAAGGAAGUGUUCCUGCAUCCUCCAGAGUGGCACGAGGGGGCAGAAGGCAUAAAGUCACUGUUCCUUCUGUAGCACCACCAAAGUCAGUGAUAACCCCUUCCACUUCCACAGCUGGUGCUCAGACCAGAGCAGUGGAAGGGAUCCAGACUCAAGCUACUGUUUAUGGUUCCACAUCUGGAGUUGAAGGUAGAAUGGAAGAUGUUAUUCUCCUGCCACGGUCUCCACCAUCAUACAUAGAAAGUAAGGUGGAGGAGACUAGAGUGUUGUCCCAGGCUACAUUACUUGAUGAUCCUUCUCUAACAAGGAGACAGAUUGUGGCUUCUGAAAGUGCUCUGAAAAUUUCUGGCAUUGAAACUGUGCUACAGUCAACUUCUCCAGGGUAUGCAGCAGAGAGAACAAGAGUGCCAGGGGCUACAGAUGUGAUACCAAAGUCUGAAGAAGCUUCCCUUAUACCAGCAGUUUCUACCAUGGACCAGUCAACAGGGACGCCACUAGGGCUAGUAUAUGGCCAUCCGCCUCCACCGCCAUAUCCUUCUGGUGACUUGCAAAGUCAGACAUUUAAGGUUUUUGAAGAAGGAAACAGAGAAGGAAUGAUCAAACUUGAACCACCAUCCUCAUCAAGGGUGGGUGACUUGACUCAUCUGCUGAGUCUGAUUCCGUCCACAUCGCAGGCAUCUGUUUUGUCAGAGACACUGUCUGGUGUAGAGCACGACAGUUUAUUAAUGGCUGCACAGCAUAUUCGGACUGAGGAAGAUAUCCAGAGAUUACUAACAGGGGGAACAGAGCAGACACAGUUACUUACCAGUGAAGAGCAAAGUCUGCUGCAUUUGAUGGCAACAGCUGCUUCCUCAGUUGUGGGACUGGAUCUUCCAUCAGAGGAAUCAGCUCCAGGUACCAGUAGUGCUGCUUCUGCUACACCAGGAGAAUCAGAUGUAAUGGCAUCCCUUCUUGCAUCUGGCUCUAGAGAGGAAGAAAUGAUUGCCUCUACAACUACUACUCCACUUCCUCGCUUUACUCAGGCAUUUCAAAGCCAACAGCAGCAGCAACAUCAUCAACAGCAGCCACCAUCACAGCAGCAACAAGAGCAAAGAACUCUUCAGGUCACAUCCUUCUACAGAAGUCAUUAACACACAUUUAUUGAGGAAGGGUAGUAUUACAGAAUAUGCCAUUUUUGAUUUAGUAAUGCUUUAGUGGUAAUGAUAUUUGAGAUAACAUAUUACCUGUUAAACAGCGUAACUGUCAUUAGUAUUCUUGAAAAUAUGAAUAAAAACAAGUGAAUAAUUUUGUGUUACAGGACUGAAUAGAGGCAUUACUUUAUUUCAUUUGCUAAGUUUCAGAUUUUCAGUGGUUUAAUUUUUUAUCUGGAGGAAAGUUUUCAUAAUUUACAUCAUUCUUAUUAUUACUAGGCUUAUCGAGACAUGAAGUAUUCAGGUAUUAUUAAUAGACGCAUUCAGCAUGUGUGAGUAUCUUAGUAAUGUUUAAUGGAUUUUAAAAAGAAUUUAAAUAGUCAUUAUUCAUAAAGUGGGUGUUUUUAAAAUUUGUAUGUGAUCUUAAUAUACUAAAAAAUAGAAUAAUAGUUAGGGACAGUGGUCCUGUGACAAGAGGAUUGAUUGUUAUGGACAUUGUGUGUGCAAUCUCAAACAAUUUUAUUUCUGUGGUAAUAUUUGACAAUUUCAUCAGCUGUGGCUGCAUAAAGUGACCACUUUGUAAUAUGGGUUUUUCAAAAUAUGAUCCACAUCUGAUUUUUUUUAAACAUCUCCAUACUGAGUCCGUUCCCAGUGACCUCAAAACUUCUGAGGCAUCAUUACCUUUAUUAUUUGGUAGAAAUGUUAACUGAUGGAUUGCAGGGUAAAAGGAGGUUUUGAUACUGCCGUUAGUAAAUAGAUUAUAAUGAUAACAGGUUGUGCUACUGCAGUGCAAGUUGCAUUGAAUGAUUGAAUGUUACCUUUACUGUAAUACAGUUAGUGUUUUGUGUCUGAAUUGUUAUUGUUUUAUAUAAAGGAAUUUGUUGUACUAACCAUAAUUACAUAUCUUACUACCAGAAUUCUUCACUUUAAUGGAAAGAAAAUGAGAAUCAAGUACCUUAAAUAGUUAACUAUUUUUUAUACCAUAAUGAUUAUUUUUGUAAGUAUACAUGUGAGAUGUUAUAUCACGUUAUAAGAUAUUAAUAUGACCUUCAAUGUGUAAUACUGGUAUUGUUGCUGGUCAUCAUCAAGUCUGUUCCUGUUGAAUUUUGUACCUCUUGCUACAUAAUGCUCUUAAUAUAUAUGAAACGAGUUUCAAAUUUUGAUAUGUUAAUGUGUGUAUCUCAGCUGUAAGAAUGUACAUGUAUGUAAUCACUUGAAUAUGUUGGCAGCUUUAAUUAAUAUUUGCUUUCCAUGUGUAGAACUUGUAUUUCUACAGGGUCGUCAGUUAUACCUACAUCAAAAUCAAAAGAUAUUUUUUUUCAUUUUUUAUCACUAGGGCCCAUUGGACAGUGGAGGCUGAAUUUGUUGGUUGUUUUAGAUGCAGGACAUCCUACUAACAACAUUGUUCACUUUUUUAUAUAUAGAUACAAUUAAUAGAAACUAGAAAUUUGUAUGUGCAUAAUAUACAUAAGUAGACCCUUAAUAUGUGAUGUCAUAAAGUGUACACUUCACAAUUCAUAUUAACAUUUUACAUUUUAGCACAUAUCAGAUAUUAGUAUGACAGAUGGAAUUGCCAGAUUAUAUUAUUUUGCAUGAAAUUUAGUACUAAUUUCUGAGGAAUAAGAAGUAAGUCUUUCACUUUGUUAAUUUGCAUUCCACAAAUAUUUUUAAUACAUGCUAAUAUUUUCUCUGAGUCACGAAUUAACAGAAUUAUAACACAGUAUGGCUGAAAAAUUACUUUAGUGUGUGAUAGUCUGUAUUUUACAAAUAAAACAACACAUCAUUAGCUUAAAAUAUUUGCCUUAUUAAAAACUACAAAUGAAAAGACCAAUAUUAAAUUGUGGGGAAUCCAUUCAACUGAUACGAUUUAUAGUUGUGCUUUAAUGAGAUAAAAAUAUUUUAUGCUCUAUGUUUAAUUCUCAUACUUCAGUAUGUUACCUGGAAAAUGAUCAUCAAUACUGAAAUACUUUCUGUGGUUAGUUUGAUGUUUAUGUAUUUUUACUGGGUAAAUAGAUGCUUUAGACAAAAGAGCAACAAAUUAAUUUUGUUUUAAUGUAGUUAUAAAAUUAAAAUAAAUGCUUUUUUUAGGUAGUUGCAUUCAGAGGUAAUAGGCAGUUUUGAAAUUGUGUGUAAACGUGAAAGUGUGAGGCAGAAUACUGAUUACUCAAAUUGGUGCGUAUUCUGGACCUUUGGUCACAUUUAGAAGCAGAUAAAGUCCUCUUUUGCUAAAGUCUUUCUACAUGUCUCUUGUCCUGUUAACUACGUGUCAUAAUAAGUGCUUGGUUUCUUAUGUGUUUUGUUUAUUUAUUAUAGAAUUUAUAUGGAAUAGUUUACUCUUAUGGCACAAGUAUAAGAAGGAAUGAACUAUAAGGUUAGUCCUAUGUUGUAGUUAGUUCAUUCUCUGAUUCAUCUGUCUUGCAGUAAUUUUAGAUUAGAUAUCUUGUCAUAAUAUUGUAAAGUUAAUAUUAUGCAUUGAAGGUUUACAUUUUAAGAUACGGAUGAAAUCCUUUUUUAUAUCAAUAAUUUGAAUAAAUGUAACAUUAUUCUAGAGUAGAGUAAUCCCCCAUUUAAUGUUCCAUGUUUGACAGUAUCUCCUUAUUUUUCAAUGUCUGUGGUUCUAACCCAGUUAUCUCAUUGUUAAAUUUCUUCAGUUUAGAUUUUAAAUCUGUUUACCAUCCUACUUGUGCAACACUGGUACUAAGAAGUAAGUCCCUUGCACCUUAGUUUACUUGUUACAGUAAGAAUUAUUUUAUAAGUAACAUUUAUGUUGUCCUGAGUUUUGCUCUUUGUUAUUGGUAUAUUUUUGGUAUUCUAUAAGAAUUAUUUGUACGUCAAAAGAGUAUUGAUUUGGUCACUUGGUUGAGAGGACUAGUAUUACAUGUUGAUGGUCAUGAAAACAUCUAGACAUUCUUUAAACAUAAGUGGCAUGAAUCACUUUCUGAAAUUCUUUGAAAUUUAUACAUCCUUAUUUGCUUGAAUAGUUGGAAGAGAUGGAAGCAGAUAAUAGUAUAUUAUUGAUGGAGCAUAAAUUCAUCUUCUAGUCUGGACAUUAACACAGUUUGUUCUUCAAAGAGUUAUUGUGAAUUAAACUUUCUGUAGGGGUGUGACAGGCAUGGGGAAAACUUCAGAAUCUUUACUCUCUGACAUUUUGCAUACUCCUUGUAAAAACUUUCACCUAGUACAUAAGGAACUGACAAGGAAGUGGUUGAGUACUAAUAGAUUUAAAACAUGGAAAUGUAAUUACAAAAUUGUGUUUAAUUACUUGACUAUCUUUAGUGGCAAUUCUAAAGCUUUGUAGGAAAUAAAUGAAGACAUUACUGUUCAUAAUGUACAUACAUAUAAUUUUAGAACAUUGUAAUGGAUAUAUGCACACUUAUGGAAGUAAAAUAUAUCCAAUACAUUGGUUUAUAGGUGUUUCUAAGGCUUUAGCAUCUGCCUUUCACAUUUAUCCUAGGAAUUAGGCAACCCCCAUGACUCAGGGAUAUUGUUAGAGCACAUUGCUGUAACAGUAUGAACCAAGGUUAUUGUUGACCAGCAUUGUUGCAACACUGACCUCAGAUUACAUCAACAAGGCUCUUUUGCCUUUGAUACCAUUGUUGUUACCAUGGUUGCCAACACCCAUUGUUGCAGUGUGAAAACACCUUUGGAAUUUUAGUGUACGCUGAAGAGUACACCUUUUGAGGCUUGUAUUUCAAGUAACUGAAGUUAUAAUAUUGUGUUGUUUGCAUCAGUUCACUUGGCAUCUGUACUCCAUAGUAUUAAAUUUUGGCUCAGCUCGUUAUGGCUUGUUUUAUGCAACGGCAUCAGAGCAGAUGUUCACCAUACACAGCCGUGUUUGCUCUGUUGUUACAGGUUCAUGUAGCUGAGAAGUGUUAUUUUGGGCAGUAAUGAGCAGAGCAUACUAAUAUCCCUCCCUCAUGGCCACCUUUCUGUAAGAUCCCAAGAUGAUUGAUGCAGAUAUUAUCACUGUACAUAAGAGUACUGUAAUGACAUUUAUAGUCACAAAGUGAAAUCUACUAUGUAACAUAAGUAGUAUAUUAUUUAUUCAAAAUAUUUUUAGAAAAUUGUCACCAGAAAGGAGUAUGCAUGAAUUGCCUUUGAAACUUACUUUAGUAAAUGUUUUUCCCCAUUCCUGUGCAUAUUUUCGUACAUGAGUACUCACAUGAGCAGCCUUAUUUAAGUAGUGCCAUGUUGUGGUGGUUUAUCAUUUUUACAUUUUAUCUGUUGUUUUCUGUCUGAAAAUUACAUGAGGCUACUUACUUGACCUUUAUCAGAUCAUCUGGGUAAUAUCUUUGGGACCACUUCUUUGUUGUUCAGAAUAAGAAACUUUUAUGAAUAUAAACAAAUUUCAAUAGUUGUUGCAAUUGUUGCAGAUGAUUGUAUCCUAUUGCUAGUGAUAUUGCCUUGUAUUGUUAGUGAACUUGAUAUGUGCCAUGGAUAUAUAAAAUGACUGUAUUAAUAAUAACAUGAAGACUUCUAAUACAGUAAACUGUUAAAAAUGUACAUUGUUGCAGUAUAGUCAGCAUCAAGUCCACUGCCUGUUAGUGUAAGGUUUUUAACAAUAGAAGCUGCUUAAAAUAUGGGUAGUUUAAUGGAAAUAUCAGACAAGCAAAACAUUGAACCAUAUCUUAUUUAUAAUAGAACAGGUGUUCAUGGUGGGAAGUAUGAAGAUGACUGUUCUGGGCUGUAGCACCAUGUAUCCUGGUUGAAGUUUACUAUUAUAUGAGAGGUACUUGUUGCCUCCAUCUUUACUUUAUACUGUAAUGGUAGAGGCAGCAAGUACCUCUGAAACAUUGAUAAGCUUUUACUAGAGUACACAGCUCUACAUCCCAGAAGACAGCCAUCUUCUUAUCUUUUGGUUUGCAUUUUGUUUGCCACCUUGUAUUUGAAGCAGCACUGAUGCAUGGUGUUUACCAGUUUACUGAGACUAGAAUUUUGAAAGUGUCCUAGUGCCACUGUUGUAAAGUCAGGAUUGAAGCUAGUGGAAGGCUGGCAUUAUUGUCUGUGAUGGCUGUGCGAUGUGUUGGCAUUUGCUGGCCCAGCUCUUCCCUUGCUUUAAAUGCACACUGUACCUUAUCUUUUUACUUAUUAUAUAGAUAUACAACAUAUUUUGUAUAUAAUUAUAAUAAAUGUAUAACUAGAACUUAAUGCUAUUAAUUAACUUAGCCUCAUAUUUCAAAUAUGUCUGAAAACUUUCUUUCAUAUAUUUUCAUGUUGUUCCUUGCACAGCUAAAUGACAUUUGUGUAUAUAAAUAUAUAUUUUAUAUUUACUGGAGCCUUGUUAAUUCACAGUAAUUUUUAGUAAUGUAUUUUUAUCAUAAAGCUGUUCUGUGCAAUAAAAUUUUAUUAUAUACUCUGAUAUGAAUAUCAUAUACUGUGAUAGAUUGUUUUCACUAUUUUGGUUUUCUGAGUUCAUAUGGGGAAAAUUGGCAUAGCGGCUGUAUUUCAGAAUUUUUAUAUUUGUAGCUUAAUAGCCUUCCAUCCAUAGUACAGUACACAGUGUGAUAGUAUGGAAAUAGUGCAAACUGAUCCAUUGUCAUAUGUUGUUAUGCAAAAGUCACUUCAAUUAAACAUUUUUAUCAUAUAUUACACCAUAGUUAAUACUUGUGAUAUGACACAUCACACAUUGAUGUAUAUGCUGUAAAAUAAUUAAUAGUAACAAUAAAGCAAUGGAAGGGCAGAAAUUAAAAGGCAGAGGGUAGAAACAGUGGCUGUGGAAAUUGUAUUAUCAUCAUAAUUAUAAAACUGUUAAGAUUUACAGUAAUGGUUACAAGUUACUUGUAAUAAUCUGACAAGUUUGUCUAGCUUUGCGUGUUGUCACGACUCUUUCAGUGUCUGCUCUGGAACUCUCUCUUACAGCUCCUCUCCAGUCUAGAUUGCAACCAACAACAGUCGGGUGCUUACCAUGGCUUUAGAUGGGCUCAGGAAUGGUCGUGAAACCAGAAGCACAGGAAGAUGCAGUGUUAUCUACAUUGGUGGUUUGCUUUACCACUUUAAUGUUGCUUUGUUGUAGAUCUGGUAAAUUUUAAGGCUUCCAGAAAAUCAAUUUUCUUUUCAUGAAACUUGAUAGAUAUGUAAGAAUGGGAACUGAUCAUAACUCUCUACUGACCUUAUUCAUACAGACUGUUACCUUACAUUUUGUACUAUUAUUUCACCAAGACUCACUAUGCAUUGUUUCAUGUAUUAAGAGUAAAAUUGUAGGAACAGCAGCCAACCCAGAAGACAGAUAUCUUCGAAGUUAUUUAACUCCAAUAGAAGUAAGAGGAUACCAGAAGAAAACAUGACUGAUUUGAAGCACUGGAACCAGAAACAAAUUUGCAUAGGGGCACUUCAAAGCGUUUAGGUUGGGAGAAAGGUAAAGAACCCUGGAAAAUUUAGGUUAUGUAAAUCUUUUUUUCUAUUUUCAUGAAAUGCAGGUUUUGCCACAAUACUGUAAAGAAAUAUGUUUUCAGAAUCAAAAUUUCAAACAAAAACACUUUUGAGAGAUUGAAUCUAAAAGCCUUAGUAGAUUCAUCUUUCUUUGUUACUUUUUAAAAAUUAGGUUUAAUUCAGUAAUUCUGAAUACCCACUAAUAUAAAACAUCCAUUAUACUUUCGUUAAAAAUUCUCUGUAUACUUAGCAUUUGGUUCUGUAGAUAUAAAACUUUUAAUGAGUGUAUAAGUUUGUCUUAAAGGUGACUCCUUUAUUUUUGCUGUUGAGGUUUUUAAAAUUAUUUUUGUGUCUGCCUUUUGUCCGAUUUUGGUUGUGUUUCGAGUUACAGUGUUAUAAAUUAAUGUGUAAUGGUUUCUGUCAGUAAGUUCUAAGAAACAAGUUUAAGUAAUUGUUUGUUUAUAUUUAGAAUGUAAAUUUAUUGUUGCGUGUUUAAUAGGAAAAUAAUAUAAGAAUAUGAAGUAAUGAUUUCAGUAUGGUGUCUUCCAGUUCUUGUUUAAAGCUGACACACUGACAGUGUAUGUUUGCAGCCAGAGAAAUUCUGUUUGUAUUGUCUGCAGUAUAUGAAUUAAGAGGAUUAUAUUUCUAGAUUAAGGUUUGAUGUAUCUGUUAAUCCAAAGUAUUCAUCUUAAUGUUGCAGUUUUAAGAAAAUUUGACCUUUCUGUCAUUUAAUAUAGGCCUACAUUUAAACUUUUGGUGAAUGCUAUUUGAAUUGCAUGUAUGGGUAGGUUAUAUUAUUUUAACUAUAUGGAAAGGCGUGAUGCAACAAAGUACAAAAUCUAGCAGGUAAGAGUUUAAUGUGUAUGUGUGCACAUGUGCAUGAAUACAUUUGUACAUCCUCAUAAGUGAUGUAAAUUCAACACUUCAGAUUUGUAACAGUUUUAUAUGAACCUGUAAAUAGUAAACUUAUUUCUACUUGAUAUAUACCUGUUUUGAAACCUAUAACUUUUAUUGUUUUAGGACAUAGAUGUACAGUUCCUGUAUAUUUCUGAGCUCAUCUUGAAACUGUGCGUAUGUAUUAGAACUGUCAUCUAUAUUUAUUACUGUGUAUAAACCAUUGUAAUACUACCUGAAGAAGUUUCAUUUUCUAAAUCUUUAUGUUUUAUAUCGCAGUGACAGUUCAAUCCAUAAAAAUGUAAUAUUACCACUGUACGUGAUUUUUAUAUGGAGUAUAUCUGAAGACUGUCAUAAAUCAGGGUAUGGUUUGGUGAACUGAAGCUGAAGUUGUGAAUUUAAAAGUGUUCAAGCAAGCUAUCAUCCAUACCUCCAAUACCAGUGACCAUAGAUAAAGUCUGUAACAAAAUAUAAACUACAAGUUCAUUAUUUUUUUUUUAUUUUGCUUUUAGUCCUGUGCUUUAGAGUAUUGGAAGUCAGUUCAUUGUAAUCCAGGCAAUUUGUCAACAUGUGUAUAUGCGAAAGUUCAAUCCUUUGCAUACAAGCCUUGUUUCAGUAAUGGAGGCAGAAAGAACUAUUUGAUGAUGUCUCUCAUUUGUGACAGAAAUAUGAUAUUGAAGUCCUUGUUGAUAGAAACUUCAACUUCAGUUUUUUCUGAAUUUAUAACUCAAUUUAUGAUACUCUGUAUGUACACUAUGUAAAAUGAACAUUCCAAAAUAGAAUUUAUUUUUGUGACUGAGUACAGUACAGUACUUACUAAAAUACACCUACCUCUUAAAGUUAUUAUUCAUUAGAAUGUUACAGUUAACAUUUAAUUUUGUAAUAACAGUGGCUUAAGUUAUGUGGUUACAAAUUUGAUAGUGUGUAACAAUUUUUAUCAUUUGGCAGGUUUUGAUUUUCUAAAUAAAAUAGACAUUAGAUGAACAUGAAUCUCAUUGAAACGAUUUUGAAAUUGGCCUUCAAAACUGUGAUGUAUUUAUCACCAAAGUAAUGCAAGAAAGGCACUGAAUAUGCCUAAAUGAGAUAAAAAAUGUUUUAUUCAAUUAUUUUCACUGGUCAUAUUUGAUCCAGUCACUGAAAAUGUUUUCAUAUGAUAUUUGGGUCCAUUAUUUAUAGAGAUCUUGAACAAUACUAAUAAAUUUUCUGCCAGCUG